CGUCUCUCUUACCUCAUUCCACUCUGUCUUUCUUUCGAGAAAAUGACACGCUUCAAUUGGCACUCGCCAACCACAAUAUCAGCAGCUUUGUCUGCUUUUGCUCUACCACGCGUUUGCUCCGUUGCUACCUGAACAAGCCCUUUUCUCUUUUUUUCAACUUGGAUUGAAAACAUCCAUUUGAAAAAAUUCCAACAUCUGCCUCAAUUGCUGGCAAGCGCCGACCGAUUGCAUCCUCUCUCUGAUCGUCGAAAGACUUGCGCCAAACCCCCAUCGCACCCUCGAAAGAGCGCAAUACCCAUCAUAGGAACCAUGUCCGAUCUCCUGGAUGGCUACUGGGCGGCGCCGCCUGUAGCUAGGAAUGUCGCAACCGCAGUAUUCAUCGCCACCAUCGGCAUCUACUUUGGCCCUCUCCCUGCUGCAUGGGUCUACUGGCAGCCUGAACAUCUCGUAAUGAUUCCGCCGCAGAUAUGGCGGCUUGCGACAAACUUCCUGCUCGCAGGCCCCAAGCUCGGCAUGGUGCUGGAUCCAUACUUCCUCUUCUCUUACCUUAGACAGCUAGAGGUCGGGAGCGCCAAGUUCUCUAGGAAGGAGGAUGUGGUUUGGUACCUGGUGACAGUAUCGGGCAUCAUCCUGAUUCUGAACACCAUUUCGGGCAUCAACGCACCCUUCUGCCUCCAAGCCCUGAUCCUCUCGGUCGCUUACACGGCCACCCAGGACCAGCGGGGCCAGUCGGCCGGCUUUUUCUUCUUCACCAUCCCCGCCCAGCUGAUCCCCUACGCCAUGAUGUUCUCUACGCUGGUCAUGGACGGCCCGGACCGGCUCUUCCUUCAGGUCAUCGGCCUCUUCGCAGCCCACAUCCAUGACUUCCUCUACCGCCUCUGGCCCGAGUUCGGCGGCGGCAGGAACUGGCUCGCUACCCCGGCCUUUGUGUCACGUCUGAUCCAGACGACCGCCAGGGUCGAGCAGAGGGCAUUUGGCACCGCCCAGUAUGCUGCCGCCCCGGGUGGCGCUGCGGGCAGGACCACGGGCACUUCGGCGGGCAGUGGCCCGCUUCCAGACUCGUGGAAGACACGAGGCGCAGGUCACCGCUUGGGUUAAUGGGCUGUAGGGCGAUGUUCUGUAGCAUAGUAAAAUGAGCGUAUGCGUAUCGAUCAACUUCAUGAUGGUGAAUACAGAACAAAUCAUUCUUGAAAUACCCGAAUGUAUCAAAAUGAAAAUGUUUUGCCGUCUUGCUUACUUCUAUAACCCGGUAAAGCUUUCCCAUCAAAUAAAUGGCUCGUCUUGUACUUCGUAGUGUCAUCACCGGG